UUCAGUCACUGGUGUUACUGAAGGAGUUAGAGCAUGUUAGUGAUAUUUUGAGAGAUUAUCGGAAUGCGUUGGGCCAAUUGAUUAAUCUAUAGAAGUCGGCUAUGUUCUUUAGCAAAAACACAGGGCCAAUAUUAAAGUCAGAGUUGAGUGCGCUGAUGGCCAUUCCUGUGCGGGCUAAUCUUGGUAGAUAUAUGGGUCUUCCGGCAGAGAAUGGGAAAGAGGUUUUGCUGUUAUCGGUGGCUCUUGCCCUUCCAACCUACGCAAUGGCUUGCUUCAGAUUACCGGAGGGAUUGUGUCACCAAAUUGAAGCAACCAUGGCAAGGUUUUGGUGGGGAUCGAAGUCAUGCAAUGAUUGGAAAAUCCAUUGGAUGAAGUGGAGCAGGCUUUGUAAGGAGAAGUUUAAGGGUGGUUUGGGCUUCUGUAGUCUCACUGAUUAUAACUUCGCCCUAUUAGCUAAGAAGGGUUGGCGCCUCAUGGUGUCACCCAAAUGUCUAAUGGCGACAGUUAUGAAGACCAAAUAUUUCAAGGACUGCGAUUUUAUGGAAGCUAGAUUGGGGAGCAAUCUGUCAUGGGUAUGGAGAAGCAUAUGGGAGGGGAGAAGGGUUUUGGAAGCGGGCAUGAGGUGGUCUAUUGGGAACGGGUUUUCAGUGUGUAUUGAUGCUGAUCCGUGGAUCCCUAACUGCAUGGGACUUCAAGCCGAGAAGAGUGGUGGAGGAUAGUAGCUUUGUGAUGGUGAGUCAACUCAUUGAUUCAAAUUCCAAUACUUGGAGGGCAGAUGUGAUCAAUCGGCUUUUUGAAGAAGAGCAAGCUAAGCGAAUCUUGGGCAUUCCGUUGUCCUGUAUGGAUGCUCCGGACUCUCAAGUUUGGCACUUUUCGAAUUCGGGAACUUAUAAUGUCAGAUCUAGGUAUAUAGUGGCUAUGGAUCUUCGCGCUCAAGGGUUGAGGCACAAUGGGGGUGAAAGCACCAAUUAUGAGGAUGAUGAUGAGAGGCAUUGGCGUCAUAUGUGGAAGCUAAAAAUCCUAGAAAAAUUCUAUUUUUCUUGUGGAAGUGUUUCCAUGAGAUUUUACCCACUAGGUGGGAACUAAUGAGGAAGAAGGUAACGAGGGAGGCGAGUUGCCCUGUGUGUAUGAUGGAGGGAGAGAUGAUUAUCCAUUUAUUUAUUUCUUGUCCGUUUCCACAGCAGGUUUGGUCUCGAUCUCCUCUACUCUUGGAUUAUGGGAAUAACUAGUUUAGUUCUAUUAUUGCGUUUUUGGGAUGAUUUGGGAUCUCGGUGGCAGAUGGGAGUUAAUAGAGAUGAAUGCUUUGGAUUGGCUACUGUGAUUAUGUGGCUUAUUUGGAAAGGUCGGAAUGGAGCGCUCUUCAAUGGUCAAGUUGUCCUUCCUAUAGUGGUGGUUAUUAGAGCGGUGGGUUGCUUGUGUGAAUUUCAAUGUGCAACUAGCUCCUCUACUGCUGCUACAGGCGUGCGAGUUGGAGAAGCUAGAGGGGAUGGCAGAAGCCAUGUGGAGGAUUUCUCAAAAUUAAUGUGGAUGGAGCAUGGAAAUAGGGUUCUGGAUUGGGUGCUUUUGGGGUAAUAUGAGAUGGGUGUUUUUAGAGCUGCUGCCAAUGGAAGACUAGAUUGGUGUUCAAGCCCCAUGGCUGCAGAGGCAUUAGCUAUUUGAAUGGGGUCCAACUGGGCCAAAAUAUGGGAUUGAGGAAUGUGCUUAUAGAAGGUGACUCACAAGCGGUUGUCAGUAUGAUUAAUGGUCUGGCAAUGGUGAACCAAGAAGUGAAGAUUAUUAUUGACGAUAUCAAGGUUUUGAGUAGAUGUUUUGC